CCAACACGCCCACCAUUGUUGGUCAGCACCACAAAUCCACAAAGACACUUCAAUUGGGCAUUCGCGCCCUUCCCUUCUUCCCAUUGCCAAUCCUAAUUCCAAUCUUCCGCAUACAAAUUCAUGUUACAGCAACCGUUUCCGUCUAUGUCAUGACUAGAAUUUUCAGGUUUCCGUUCAAUUUACAGGAACUGGAACCACCUGCUUUUGAAAUUAGGAAGCUUUUUGUCCGAUAAUUCGAUUCGUAUUCAAUCCAUUGAAUUUGCCAUCUAAGCCGAAAAAAUGCCCACCCCAAUCCAAAUCCCUGUCUCCACUAUGCCGUCGCCUGUCUCACGAUCAGUUGCCGUCAUAGGCGCCGGUGCCGCCGGCCUCUGUGCCGCCCUUGAACUUCGCAAAGAAGGACACCAAGUCGUCGUUUACGAGAGGGAAGAUCAGAUUGGGGGGACCUGGGUGUACACACCAGAAACAGAGUCCGACCCAAUGAGCCUCCACCCUGCCCGUAAGCUAGUCCACACAAGUCUCUACGCCUCACUCCGCACCAAUCUGCCCCGGGAAGUGAUGGGUUUCCGCCAGUACCCCUUCAUGGCCAGCAAGAAACCAGGGAGAGACUCGAGGCGGUUCCCGGGCCACGAAGAGGUGUUGGAGUAUUUGAAAGAUUUUUCCCAAGUGUUUGGACUCGGUGAUUUGGUGAGAUUCGGGCGAGAGGUUUGGCACGUGGAGUUGGUUGAAGAUCGUAAAUGGAUUGUGAGAUCAAGAAUUCGAGAUGAUGGCGGGGAUGAUGAUAGUGAGGUCUAUGAUGCUGUGGUGAUCUGCAAUGGCCAUUAUACAGAGCCCCGAGUUGCCGAACUGCCGGGAAUUGAUGUCUGGCCGGGGAAGCAGAUCCAUAGCCACAACUAUCGUGUUCCUGAUCCCUUUCGCAAUCAAAUUGUGGUGAUAAUUGGCGGUGCUGCAAGUUCCGACGAUAUCUCUAGAGAUAUUUCUAAAGUUGCCAAAGAAGUUCAUAUUUCAUCAAGAUCAGUCGAAAUUGCUCGCCUCGGAAAAUUGUCUGGCCAUGACAACAUUUGGUUGCAUUCGAUGAUCAAAAGUGUUCACAGAGAUGGUACAGUGGCUUUCAAUGAUCAAACUGAAGUCGGUGCUGAUGUUAUCAUUCAUUGCAUCGGGUAUAAAUAUCACUUCCCAUUUCUGAAAACCGACGGCAUUGUGAACGUGGAGGAUAAUCGAGUCGGUCCUCUUUAUAAGCACGUUUUCCCUCCAACCUUGGCUCCAUGGCUGUCAUUCGUUGGCUUGCUGUGGAAGGUUGUUCCAUUUCCAUUAUUCGAGUUUCAGUGCAAUUGGAUCGCCGGCAUUUUAUCAGGUCGAAUUCCUCUCCCAUCGACAACAGAAAUGAUGAGCGAUGUCGAAGCCCUUUACGCAUCAAUGGAAGCAUCCGGAAUCCCAAAGAGGUAUACUCAUCGACUAGACACCGAGCAGUUUGAGUACGACGACUGGUUGGGCGCCCAGAGCGGGUUGCCGCCUGUGGAAGAAUGGAGAAAGAAAAUGUACUGGGCGACUUCCCGGAGGAAGAGGAAGGUUCCAGAAGCGUAUCGCGACGAGUUCGGUGAAGACAGAGAUUUAAUGGCCGAGGCUCACGAAGACUUCAAACAAUACUAUAUAGGUAUGGCGCCAGCCCUCCUUUAGCCAUGUUUAUACUUGCAUUUGCAUUUGCAUUUGAUUAUAUAUAUGUUUCAAUAAAAUGCGACGGCUACAACACUGAAUUAAUAGUAUAUGCUACAAUUAUAUACAAUACACAACAAUUGAUUUUAGUAUAUAAUAAUAAUGUGUUAUUUAUUUUUGUAUAUAAUAUGG